AUGCUAGCUCGCCGAGGAGUGCAAUAUGUGUGGGAUUCAGGAAUAGCCGUCUCAUCGACGGCGUUCCUGGUGGUUGCAAGUGCACUGGUGUUCUUUAUGGUUCCUGGUAUAGGGUUUCUUUACUCAGGACUUGCUCGUCGGAAAUCAGCGCUUUCGUUGCUAUGGGUAACGCUUAUGGCGUCAUUGGUUGGUAUGCUGCAAUGGUACUUUUGGGGUUACUCACUGGCGUUAUCCAGAACAGCCACGAACAAUAAAUUUAUAGGGAACUUGGAUUCCUUUGGAUUUCGAAACGUAUAUGGGUUGAAUGCAGUGUGGACUGAGAAUUUGGAAGUUGCAUAUGCUUCUUUUCAGAUGAUGUUUUUAUGUGUGACUCUUUCACUGGUAGCAGGUUCUACUGCUGGAAGAGGCAGAUUUUUCCCACAUAUGGUGUAUUUAUUUCUGUUUGCCACUCUAGUGUACUGUCCUAUUGUAUACUGGAUAUGGGCUCCUGGUGGAUGGGCUAAUAAAUGGGGUGUGUUAGAUUGGGCUGGUGGAGGGCCAGUUGAAAUAGUGAGUGCCAUUAGUGGAUUCGUCUAUUCUUAUUUCCUCGGUUGCAGAAAUGAGAGGUUUCUGGUUAACUUUAGGGCUCAUAAUGUUUCGUACGUUACUCUUGGGACGACUGUAUUAUGGUUCGGAUGGUUGUUAUUCAAUGCAGCUUCUGCGCUUUCUCCCAACUUAAGAUCAGUGUAUGCUUUCCUCAAUACAAACAUUAGUGCUGUUACUGGUGGUAUGACAUGGUGUAUUUUAGAUUACAGACUAGAAAAAAAAUGGUCUACCGUAGGUCUAUGCUCAGGUAUCAUUUGUGGAUUAGUCGCUGCCACACCAAGCUCAGGGUGUAUAACUCUUUAUGGGUCAUUAAUUCAAGGAAUUGUAGCUGGGAUAUGUUGUAAUUUUGCAACAAAGAUCAAACAUUUUUUCCAGGUUGAUGAUGCCAUGGAUUUAUUAGCUGAGCACGGUGUUGCUGGAAUGAUUGGUUUACUAUUUAAUGGAUUUUUUGCUGCAGACUGGGUUAUUGGGAUGGAUGGACACACAACACAUGGCGGUGGCUGGAUCACCCAAAACUAUAAACAAAUGUAUAAGCAGAUAGCAUAUAUUGGAGCUGUUACCGGUUAUUGCGCUGCUGUUUCGGCACUACUCUGCUUUAUUAUUGACAAAAUACCAGGUUUACAAUUAAGAGUAUCAGCCGAUGGUGAAGAGAAAGGUACGGAUGAUGAUCAGAUUGGAGAAUUUGCCUACGAUUUUGUUGAAAUUCGAAGAGAGUUUGAUAUAUGGGGCAAGGAGGAAGAUGAAGAUGAAAAUGAGCAAUCCACUGAUGAAUGA